CGGAUUAAAGAUGGCGCCCUCUCAUGUAGUCAAGUGCUGUCAGCGGGGCUUAUCCUGGAUACCUGUGAUUUUUAUCAACCUGGUCGUGUGCUGGUCCUACUACGCUUUACGUGGUGGAGCUCUGUAUAUACACAAUCUCCAACACGGAGGAGCAAGUUAUUUAUCUGUUAGUGUUUCACGUCUUUUUCUUCAUGUUCAUAUGGUCCUACUGGAAGACCAUCAUUUCCAAGCCUGCCAGCCCCUCAAAAGAGUUCUGUCUCCCUAAAGUGGACAAAGAGCUCUAUGAGAAAGAGGAGAAUCCAGAGGCCCAGCAGGAAAUCCUGAAGAGAGUGGCCAGAAAUUUACCCAUAUAUACACGCACAGGAUCUGGGGCUAUCCGGUACUGUGACUGCUGUCAGUUGAUCAAACCGGACAGAUGUCAUCACUGCUCCACCUGUGACAGAUGCGUGCUGAAAAUGGAUCACCACUGUCCAUGGGUUAAUAACUGUGUUGGAUUCUCCAACUAUAAAUUCUUUGUGCUGUUCCUGGUGUACUCUAUGCUGUACUGCGUCUACAUCGCUGCCACAGUUUUGCAGUACUUUAUCAAGUUCUGGACCCUUUGCAGACGGAGGGCUAUAGAGCAUUGCCCAGAGAAUCACCUGCCAGACACUCAUGCCAAGUUCCACGUGUUAUUCCUGUUCUUUGUGGCGGCCAUGUUCUUCAUCAGUAUCCUGUCACUCUUCAGCUACCACCUGUGGCUCGUGGGAAAAAACAGAACCACUAUAGAGGCGUUCAGGGCACCAGUGUUCAGAAAUGGCCCAGAUAAAAAUGGCUUCACUCUGGGCUUCCGCAAGAAUGUCACCCAGGUGUUCGGAGACCAGAAGAAGUAUUGGUGCUUGCCAAUUUACAGCAGUUUGGGCGAUGGCUACACAUUCCCUACCCGCCUAGUCAACGCUGACUCAGAGCAAGGCAAUGUUGAACACCAGGCUGUUAAAUGCACUGUUGAUGGACAGACAAACCCCAGACCUCUGAGUGAGUCACAGAACCAUCUCCUAGGCAACGAUAUGCACUCAGAGGAGCAGAAAGAAAGCAGCCCGACAAACAUCGAGGUGUGUCAACCUGUUUCAAUUACUAUAGUGAAUGAGUCCUAAUCAGGACUUUGGCAUGGCACCAGGAUUUCUUCUCAUUUAUGAGUACUGUUGUCAUGAGACCUCAUGUGAAAGAGCACACAACCCUCAAGAUAUCAUGCCUUAAGGUUAGCAGCAUUCUCUCAUAUGGAAAUGACCUGCAACGCAUUGCUGUGGUGGAUGUAUUUACCUGCGCUCAUAUCCGCACAAACUCUCAAGCUCUUCACA